CCCGAGGCGUUCUCUUACGCAAUAUUCGUGGAUAGCUGAAGCAGAAACCUUUACACUUUCAUUGACUUUGGGUCGUCUGUUCUAUUCGUGUUAAUCAUAUGUAGGCGCGCGACAUAGCUAAUUAAGAGACAAAGAGUUUGUUCUCUGCUAAUUUUUCUCUUUUCAAGCCACAUUGUUGGAACGAGUUGUAAAGUCGAACAAUCGCCAACAAUGAAUAUGUUCUUCAAACAUACGUAAAUAUGUUCAUACAUAUAUACAUAUAUACGGAUAAACGGUAGACAUUUUGAGUAGACAAAAAUUUACAUAAGCUAAAAGAAUAUCAAUAGAUAGCAUCAUUUGACUAAGUUUGCAUAUUUCUCUAGAGAUUUGCGAUGAUUUCUCAAUGGACAUGAUAUAACGGUUCUAAUGAAUCUAGAUUAAUGAAAGUGAUUUAAACAAAGUAUUCGUAAAAGAUAGCGACCCCAUAUGGUAUAAAAGUGACAGAUUGAGCAGGGAAAGGCAGCAGAUGCGUUUCAACCAUGAAGCUGUUUAUAACGGUCUUCAGCCUAAGCUUGGCCUUCAGCCUGGCAAGUGCGAAGAAAGCGGACCAAGAGACCGGAAGACUAAUAACUAUCCAAUCACCGGCCCCGGCUCCGGCGCCGCCUCCACAGCAGAGUGUCAUUUAUAAGCUCCCUCCUCAGCACUACUACCCGCCGCCACCGCAGCCACAGCACUGCAACUGUCCGCCUGGACCCCCUGGACCACCAGGCGCCCCAGGAGCGCCUGGUCCAGCCGGCCCACCAGGCGCAAAAGGCCACAAAGGCGAAAAAGGCGAUCGAGGAGAAAAGGGGCAGAAAGGGCACUAUGGGAUGCCCGGUCCUCCUGGGCUUCCCGGUCCAAUAGGCCCACCUGGCCCUAGCAAGCCAUCAUCAAGCGAUCAUCAUCAUCACCAUCAUCCACCGCCAGGACCCAGCCCGCCUGUGCCGCCUCCUCCGCCACCACAUCACCAUCACCAUCCCUAUCCUUAUCCACCAAUACUGCCCCAACCACCAAUAAUAAUAUCCCCCAUUCUCCGCCACCGCCUCCGCCCACCACCACCGCCCUACAAAGGAAACCAUCAUCAUCACCACAAGGGAUCUAAAGGACCCCCCGGGCCCCCGGGGCCACCAGGAACGGGACCGCCAGGACCUCCUGGGCCUCCAGGAAGUUCGCCUCAUCAUCAUCAUCCACAUCCUUAUCCACCGCCCCCGCCGCCGCCACCACCGCCGCCACCGCCGCCGCCACCUUAUCCUUACCCACCUUCAGGGCCAUACCCACCUUCAGGGCCAUACCCGCCUUCAGGGCCAUACCCUAUCCCACCGCAAAUCCCAUGGUUCCCUGUGCCUGUGCCUGUACCCUGGCCCUCAAAGGGCCACAAAGGUGACAAGGGUUCGCAUGGUCACAACCACAACAAGGGAGGAGAUCAUCAUCACAACCCCCACAAGGGAGGAGAUCAUCAUCACAACCCCCACAAGGGAGGAGAUCAUCAUCACAACCCACACAAGGGAGGAGAUCAUCAUCAUAACCCCCACAAGGGAGAAGAAGAUCAUCAUCAUCAUCAUCCACCAUCCCAUUGGCCACACUAUCCCCCCAAUGGAGGACAUAAAGGUGAACACCCUUCCCCGCCGUACGGAGGUGGACACAAGGGAGAUCCACACGACCCGACACAUGGAGGGCACAAAGGGGAUCAUCAACACUCUUCUUUCCCGCCGUAUGAUCACCACCACCACGGAAAUAGCGGACAUAAUCAUAGCCAUUCACACAAUCACGGGGGACAUAAUAAUCAUGGCCAUAAUAACAACUUUAAAAGUCCCAAUCAAAACGACAACGAAAGUGAAGAGCAUUACCCGCGAGAUGGUCUGGAUGCAGAUGCUGAGGUAGAGGUACAGGAAGACUUCAUCGAGAAUCUUAAUCUUAUUGACGAAAGUAAACAGGACUCGGCUGAGAUCGAAGAAUCUAUGCACAUCGAACCGACUGAAUAUGAAGAGUAUUCCGAGGAUACUGGCUAUAUCAGCCAUGAGAACAACACACUGGACCUAAACGAUGCAACUUCCUCAGUCGAAGAAAUUAGUGAGGAUGUAUACGGAAGUGCACCAAGCAAUGUUGAAAUGGACGGAGAUGACGAGGUGAUGGUUGAACCUAUUUUAGAGGAUCAAAUCGAGAUCGAAAACUUUAAUGACGAUAACCAGUCCAUUGAGACUGAUCCUGCGGAAGAGCGAAGCAUCAAACGACCAAUUAUCUUAGCUAUAGGAACCCCACGAAACCCAUUUCACCUGUACGCAUAUGAUCACUACAACCCAUGAGCCUGCCGAAAAUUCGAAGGUUACCGAAAAUAAAUAUU